GUCACGAGGGCCAUCAUGCGGAAGAGUCCCGGGGAUCUUAUUAACUUGAGAGCAAAACUACUGGAUUAGGUUAUUUCUGUAUUUAGCUGCUAAAGGCAAGAAGUUUUAUUAGAAAAGAAGCAGCUGAGCUACAGUUAUCGGCACAAUGUCGUCGGAGGAGUUCGAGAAGCUUCAUGAAAUCUUCAAGUCUCUGUACGAGGAGCUGAAGCUGAUGCCGGACAGAGCUUUCGAAGUCCACGGAGAGGAGAGGAAGAGGCUGGUGAGGAGCUUCGAUGAGAGACAGGGGGAGGCUGAGGAAGUGCUACAAGGAAUGGAAGAAGAGCUGCGUGCCGCCCCUCCGUCCUACCGAAACGCCAUGAGCACAAAGCUUCGUCUGUACCGCCGAGAUCUGGGGAAGCUGCAGAGGGACAUGAAGAACUCUGCACCUGGGUUUGGAUCCCCAUCACAGCCGGUGCAAGGAAGUCAUCACGGCAUCUAUUCAUCACAGAAUCAGCAAAGUACACACCUCCAGUCCCAGAGAGCUUUGCUCCUCCAGGGCACAGACGCUCUGAACAACGCCAGCCAGAGUAUCGAACGAAGUCAACGAAUCGCCGCGGAGACAGAGCAGAUCGGUACAGAUAUCAUCGAGGAGCUGGGAGAGCAGAGAGAACAGCUGGACCGAACCAGAAACAGAUUGGUAAAUACUGGAGAGAACCUCAGUCGAAGUCGAAAAAUUCUUCGUGCUAUGUCACGGCGGCUGGUGACGAACAAGCUGCUAUUAGCCGUCAUCAUUUUAAUGGAGUUGGCCAUUCUGGGAGCUGUGGUUUACCUGAAGUUCUUCCGAGGACGAUGAGCAAACUUUGUAAAAAAACAGACCGAGCUGUGGAUUCAGACUCUCCUCAUCCAUCCCCACUGACUGUCCAGCAGCAAUAACACUGUUCUGCUGUUUCCAGCUGUUCCUGUGAGGAGAUUCUGUCCAUGGGCAGGUGAAAAACAGCUAAUUAUUGAACCUGUUAAUGGACCAAACACACAGAGACUCUUUGAACUGAUAUUUUCAGCAUUUUAUUGGUCUGUUGAUGCCAAUGACACCCUGCAGAAUGAUGCUACAGAUGCCACGGAUGAUUCUCUGGAAGGACAAACAAUCUACUGAUUCCAACAGUAUUUGUGAAAUGUUACCGAUAGAUGCUGCAGUUUUAAAAGAAUUGAGACACAUAACUGUUGGAAUUCAGCUGCUUUUUUUUCGCUUUAUAAAAUUAAUCAACAUAAUAUACCAGCUGAAUCUGUAGCUGAAUGUGAAAAUUGGACUCAGAAAGUCUUAAUACAGAUGCAGUGUUUUUAACAGUUAAUGUCUAUUUACUGUAUAGUACAAAAAUCACUGUUACAAAUAGGCACAGAAAUUCAUUAUUUGCCAGCCUUCAUGUUAUUAAAGGUAAUGUUUAACCUGA